UAAUGGUGCCUUUGAGAUUCUAAAGAGGUUGAAUUUGAAGGGAUUUUCGGGGGAAGGGCACAAAGAAGGUCAUACAGGGAAGCCUGAGGAGGUGUAUUUGAAGGACAUUUUGAGGGGAUAUAAAGGGAAGUUGUACGUUCCAGACCAGAUUUUCCAGUCUAACUUAUCAGAAGUUGAGGAAUUUGAGAAGAAUGUGGAGGAAUUACCAAGAAUGGAGUUCAAGGAUUUUCAGAAGUACUCAAAAACUGAUAAGGUUAAGCUGCUAACAUUCAAGGAGGAUGAUGGUGCGAAUUUUGGAGUUGGGUUUAGGGACUUCAUAGUGCAGUUGAAGGAAAUUCCCGGGGAUAAGAACUUGCAGAGAACCAAGUGGUCACUAAGGUUGGAUUCGAAUUUGGCAAGAACCCUUCUGGAAGAGUACGAUGGGCCACGUUAUGAAGUUGAAAAGCAAAUGAUGUCAUAUGUUGGGAAAUUACCAGAGCAUCCUCUUCCAGUGGCAUCUAAAAUAUCAACUAGACUGAUGUUAGAACUUGGAACCGUAGCAGUGGUGAUGACAUCAGCUGCAUUGAUUGCCAGUGGCUUCCUUGCUUCGGCAGUAUUUGCAGUGACAAGCCUUGCAUUUGUGGUGGCUGUUUAUGUUGUCUGGCCUGUUGCCAAACCAUUUGUCAAGCUGUUAUCGGGCAUUGCUUUUGAUGUCACAGAGAGAGUGUAUGAUAAAGUCUAUGACGCUUUCGCUGUUGGAGUUUUUGCCAAGUUGCAUCAGAUUUACACGUUUGGUGGUAUUUCUUCCAGCAUUGAAUUGCUGAAGCCAAUCCUUUUUGUGUUUUUCACUAUGGUUCUUCUUGUCCGUUUCACUCUUUCAAGGCGACCUAAGAACUUUAGAAAAUGGGACAUUUGGCAAGGCAUUGAAUUUUCUCAGUCUAAGCCACAAGCUCGUGUGGAUGGUUCGACUGGGGUCACAUUUAAUGAUGUAGCUGGUAUUGAGCAGGCUGUGGAAGAACUUCAGGAGUUGGUAACCUACUUGAAGAAUCCUGAUCUAUUUGAUAAAAUGGGGAUAAAACCACCACAUGGAGUUCUUCUGGAGGGCCCUCCCGGAUGUGGUAAGACCCUAGUUGCCAAGGCCAUAGCAGGUGAAGCCAGUGUUCCCUUUUUCCAAAUGGCUGGAUCUGAAUUUGUUGAAGUAUUAGUUGGUGUCGGUGCCGCUCGUAUUAGGGAUUUAUUCAAGAGAGCGAAGGUGAAUAAACCAUCAGUCAUUUUCGUCGAUGAAAUUGAUGCUUUGGCUACAAGGCGCCAAGGGACAUUUAAUGAAUCAACCGAUGACAUGUAUAAUGCAGCUACCCAAGAAAGGGAAACUACAUUGAACCAGCUCUUGAUUGAGCUAGAUGGGUUUGACACAGGGAAAGGUGUUAUAUUUUUAGGGGCAACAAAUCGAAUGGAUUUGUUAGAUCCUGCACUUCUUCGGCCCGGUAGAUUUGAUCGCAAGAUACGAAUUCAACCUCCAAAUGCAAAAGGUAGAUUGGAUAUUCUGAAAGUUCAUGCACGUAACGUAAAAUUAUCAGACACAGUUGAUUUAGCUAGUUAUGCCCAGAACUUACCAGGCUGGAGUGGGGCAGAACUUGCACAACUCCUGCAGGAGGCAGCUCUUGUUGCAGUCAGAAAGGGUCAUAACUCUAUUUUAAGCUCGGAUAUGGAUGAUGCAUGUGAUAGAUUGACGGUGGGACCCAGACGUACUGGGAUCGACUUGGGACAUCAAGGCCAGUGCCGCCGUGCUACUACAGAAGUCGGGACUGCUUUGACCUCUCACCUGCUAAGACAUAAUGAAAAUGCAAAGGUUGAACGUUGUGACCGUAUAUCUAUUAACCCUCGUGGCCAGACCCUUUCCCAAGUUGUCUUCCAUCGUCUUGAUGAAGAGUUCUAUGUGUUUGAGCGCCGGCCUCAACUAUUGCACCGACUUCAGGUGUUGUUGGGAGGAAGAGCUGCUGAGGAGGUGAUUUUUGGGCGGGAUACUUCAAAAUCAUCAGUGAGCUACCUUGCUGAUGCAACAUGGCUUGCACGUAAAAUUAUAACAAUAUGGAAUUUAGAAAACCCAAUGACUGUCCAUGGCGAACCUCCACCAUGGAGAAAGAGUGUAAAAUUUGUGGGUCCGCGUCUUGAUUUUGAAGGAUCGUUAUACGAUGAAAAUUGCUUGAUCGAGCCUCCUCUCAAUUUUGAUAUGGAGGAUGAUGUUUCAAAGAGGACUGAAGCACUGAUGAGAGAUUCGUAUGGAAAGAUUGUUACUUUGCUGAGGCAGCAUCAUGCUGCUUUACUUAAAACCAUUAAGGUUCUUCUUAAGCAGAAGGAGAUAAGUGGAGAUGACAUAGACUUUAUCCUCAGCAACUAUCCGCCAGAUACACCAGCAAGUCUGCUACUGGAAGAGAGAGAUCCUGGAACUCUUCCCUUAUUUCAUCAAGAACAAGAGCAUGGUAAUGAGCUAGAGUACAGUCUUUUGACAUCGUGAAGCAUAAUAGCAUCUUGUCUCUAAACAAGACUGAACUAGAAAAAUUAAACAAAAAAAACUGGAAUUCAAACCCUGGGGAAGUUGACACUGCAAAGUGCUAGCAGGAGAUGCUUCAUAGUGUGGAAUGCUUUUUUGACAAGGCCUGCAGACAGACGAAGACACCAAUUGCAUAUGUGCUUAGUGUUUAGGCAGAGAGAUAGAGAGUUCGAGGGGGAGGGGGGUCUGCAUUUUUUUGUUCGAUGAGGAAUGCAGGUUUUGUAGAGUUACAAGGAUGUAUCUGAUAUUCCUCAAACAUCCCCAUUGCACUUCUGGGAUAGAGUGCACACGACCCCGUUCCAAACUGCAUUUUUUGUUCGAUGAGGAAUGCAGGUUUUUUAAAAUUACAAGGAUUUAUCUGAUACUCCUCAAACAUCCCCAUUGCACUUCUGGGAUAGAGAGCACAUGACCCCGUUCCAAACUGAAACCUAGAUCGGAACCAUUCGGGUUUAACCGAAGAUCCAUCUGGAAAGCCGGUUAUGAGAUCAGCUCAAAUUAUUUAGAGAUUUUUUACCUGCUCCAAAUCUCCAAUUCCCCUAAAAUAGGCUGGGGCUGACCUUUUUUAUUUCUGUUUAAAUAUUUUUUUUAUUUGGCUUGCUAAUUUGGUAGGAAUCAAUGAUCUGAAAUUAGCAAGGAUUAAAUAUUUUCUUCUACGAUUUCCAAUUUAUUGCUUAAAUUGUUAUACAAAGAGUACUAUAUAUAUCAUAAAAGCACGCAUACUUUGAAA